UCUACGUUCACAACUUCCAGUGGGUUUAUGGUAUAGAAUUUUCAGAACAAAAAUGGUGGCAGCCGUUGCCGUGUUCUCCCCAAAAUCUUCUCUUUUGCAGAACCCCAUCUCUUUCAGAGGACCUAAUUCUUCUUUUCUUGGUGGAUCCUUGAAGGGUCUUUGCUUGCAGUUGAAACCCAGAAACAGAAGCAGAGAUUUCAUCAAUUUGGUGGUUGCUUCUGCUAGCAGCAGUAGCAGUAGCAGUACCAACAGCAGUGGCGGCGGCAGGUUUUAUCUCAACUUCACUGGGUUUCCCUUCCCUCUUGGCCCUUUUCUCAAUAGGCGCACUAUUAGGACUGAGGCUGUGAAGGACUGCAUAUGGCUAUUCGAGCAAGAGCAAGCUUUGGGCUUCAGCAGUGUCUCAACAAACAUUCGAAUGACAGUUAUAAAGCUCAAAUCUGGAGGACUAUGGGUCCAUGCACCCAUUGCACCUACCAAGGAGUGUAUUCAGCUUGUGAAGGAGUUGGGGGCUCCAGUAGAAUACAUCAUCCUUCCUACAUUUGCUUAUGAGCAUAAAAUAUUUGUUGGCCCAUUUUCUAGAAAGUUCCCUCAGGCACAGAUAUGGGUGGCACCAAGACAAUGGAGUUGGCCUUUGAAUUUGCCACUUGAGUUUUUUGGAAUUUUCCGUGCCAAAACAUUGAAAGAUGAGGAUAUGUCGACACCUUGGGCUAGUGAGAUUGAACAAAAAGUUCUAAGCUCACCUGAAGUUGGAAUAGGACCAUAUGUGGAGGUAGCUUUUUAUCAUAAGCGUUCAAGAACACUACUGGUAACGGACGCGGUAAUUUUUGUCCCAAGGCAACCACCUGAAUGUAUUAGCAAAGAAUCACUUUUGGCAUCUGCAAAGAAUGGUUUGGCAGUAAAACUUCUUAGUAAAGGAAAGGAAGUCCCUGAGGAAUCAGUAGUUGAUAAUAAGAUGAACCGUCAAAAAGGGUGGGAAAGAAUGGUUCUUCAAAUACUAUUUCUUGGUCCAUCAAAUCUGUUGGAACCUAAUGCUAGCUUUGCUCAGAUGUCACAGAAGCUGAUUGUUUCGCCUAUUGUAAAGACACUGGUUUUUAGCAAAGUUCCUGAAAAGGUCAGGGAUUGGAUUGAUGGAAUCACACAGGACUGGAGGUUCAAGAGAAUAAUUCCUGCUCAUUUUUCAGCUCCAAUAAAUGCAAGCAGGUCUGAUUUCUUAGCAGCAUUUGCAUUUCUUGACGACCUCCUGGGUGAACGUUAUGUUACUCGGCCUUCACUCUCUCUUCUCUUCACAUCACUCAUGGGGAAGGCUGCAAGCUACUUCCCUCCAGAUGACAUGAAAACAUUAUCAUCCCUUGAUGAAUUUCUAGUCUCUGUUGGAGUUGUGAAGAAGACAGUCUCAGGCCGGAAACGAUGAUAAAACAGGCCUUGUAAGUUCCCUUUAAAGCUCCUCCACCUAUUAAACAAAAAACACCCAAUCAUGUAGUGAAGUAUCACCAUAGAUUUUUAUAUCACCAAUUCACCAUUGUUCCAUCCUUUCACCUAUAGAAAGAAAUGCUAAGUAUAGUUUUAGUACUGCAAUAGUAAGAGAAUUUUGGAUGAAAAAAUUUGAAGUUCCUUGUAUAUUUCGUUCACAAGAA